AUGCAGGGUCUUGCGGAUGGUCCCGUCAAGACUCACCUGUUCCGGCUUGAACUGGAUUCACUAGAACAAGCCAUUUCCAUUGCGGAGCAGGAAGACUUCAGUCUGAGACAGGCUCGCGCCAGCUCGACAUCAUAUCGUCAACCGAGACGAUAUGACAACGGAGGUCCAGAGCCGAUGGAACUCUGUUAUGUAGAGAGCGAGAAGGUUCGCUCUACAGGAUACAAGAAGUUGCAGAGAUGCAACAGAUGUCAAAAGACAGGACACUACGCUUACGAGUGUAGUGCCCCUCGUCCAGUGUCUCGCGACACUGGGCGUAGUGACCGUCCACCCAUGAGAAAGGGGCAGGGACGAGGGUCCGCAGUUGGUGCAAAGACGCAACAACGGGAUGGACCGUCAGAAAACGGACAGGAUCAGUAG